AUGUGUUUACGGUACAGAAAUCCACACCAUAUCUACGAUGUGGUACGUCCCUUGCUAGCCUUUUCGAAGGUGUUUGGACAAACUGCAUUUUCGAUUGUGGGCGAACCACCGUACGUGCAGAUCAAAGUAACUCGUCUCGAGUUUGCAGCAUUGUUGAUAAACUUUGUGGGGAAUUGUUUUUGCGCGUACAUCAAUAUUGUCAACAUUCGUUUGACCCGAUUUACCGGGUCAACAGUGAUGGAUAAGGGACUUAGUUUUCUGUUCCCAUUCGGUGCUGCCGUUAUGACCCUGUUGGCCAUCGAUAACUUCUUGCGGCGCAACCUUACCUGCACCAUACUAGCACAGCUGUUCGCAGUGGAUCGGUCUUUGCAGCGGAAGAACCAUGACCUUAACCAAAGGCGACAGUUUGUGGUGCUUGCGCGGCUACUGUACACGUUGGCUGGGCUCAUCGCACUUGGGACGUUGUUCACGCUCGGAAUGAGUUUAUUUUCUGAAAAUUAUCUAAAAAAUCACAUGAUUAACGGGUUAUCUUAUGCGUACACUGGAGUACAGUUUAUGAUAGUGAAUUUUCAUUUCGUUGUCACUGCACGGUUGGUUACAUAUCGACUGGAAGCGAUAAAAUGCUGCAUAAGGAAACACUUCGAGUCUGGAUCGUGGUGGAUCGAGCAAAAGCCACGCUGGGGACGCCGGAUGGAUCCAAUCGAUGUCGUCGCGGAGCUUGCUGGAGAUUUCGCUACCUUGACGCGUAUCGUUGACCGAGCCAAUCAGAUCUACUCGAAUCAGGUCGUCGGUCUAAUCUGUGGUGUAAUAAUGUACAGCAUUUUCGUAAUAUACGCCAGCUCGUACACUUAUUUCGCUGGAAGUGUGCAUGAAUUUCGGUUGACUUUCAUUCUGCUGACAGCCUGGAUGUUUUACAUCCUCAUGGUUGGAUUAAUUUUCUUCUCGGGAAUGGGUGUGGAAAACACUAGCAAUGAUAUUGUGAAUCUGCUGCAUGAUGCUCUGCAGCAGGAGAACGAUGUAUCGACCAAGCGCAAGCUUGUUUGCUUCUCACAACAAAUUCUUCUCCGACAGCCGAGACUACGAUGCAUGUUUUAUGAUUAUAAUUGGAAAACGCUGUCAAGUAUGUUUGGGCUGGUGGUUACCUACCUAGUAAUACUGUUGCAGUUCGACAUAAUAACUGACCGUUCAUCCAAUGAAGUUCCCUUGCCUGCGUGA